AUGGUACGCCGUACUGUUGACUCUGGCUCAAAGGCUUUGGCUGGAGUCACAGUUGUGUCUCUGUACGGAGUGUCGCAUACGCUUGUUGGCGUUGCCAGUACGGAGGACGAGCUGGACGAUCGACUCGACGAUAUACUGGACGAAACACUGGACGACGAACUUGACGACCGACUAGAAGACGCACUAGACGACGAGCUGGAGGACGAGCUGGAGGAUGAACUAAAAGAUGAACUGGACGAUGAGCUCCAUAUCGAAGCGGCUACAGCGGCAGAGACUGGCUGA